AUGCCGCAGCAAUUGCAUGAAGUAACCGAAGCCGACAUCCAAGCGUCCCUAACAAGCAACUACGAUGACAGCGAACAUGACUCGGUGCUUCCUUCGAUCGAGGAUGUCUUUGAGCCAUAUAUCAAGAGCGAACCUGGAGAAGAGAACAAGGCAGUUAGCUCGUCAACGGUCGGUACCUCCGCUUCGGACACAUCCAAGCAGCGUUGUUCCUCGCACGACUCUCAAGCUACCCUUCCACUGUCGACGCCUUGCCCAUCAGACGAAGACAGAGACCUUCCUAUUGUGCUCCAAAGUCCAGCAAGAACUAGCCACAUUCUCGACACUGGUAACACCGCAUCCACGCCACAAGUACGACGCACUCUCGACUUCGGCAUGCCAGCCCUUCGUCACACUAAUGACACCGCACCACAAGUGUCCGAGCCCGGCGACUUUACGUCACUUGCAGCUCUUCGUAGGCUAGAGCGUGACCCGCCCCAUCAUUGGCAUGAAGACGAACGCGAGCUCCUAACAAUACUCUACCGAUGGUACGAAGAUACAAACGUGGCAACCAUCCCGAAGGUCUUCAAUGCCAUCACCGGCCUAAACCUCAGGCUCAACGUCAUACGUUACCAGUUCGAAAGCCAUCUCAUUCUGUAUGGCGGUCGUGCGUACCCUGAGUUCGAUCGAGUAAUGAAAGUCCUCUUCCACGACCCCGAACACAAGUACGACGAGAUCCACGCGAUCAUCGAAGAUACCGCCUCCGAGUCGGGCAUUGACUUGUCAAGACGCACACACGAGGUGAGUUACACACCUGGAUUGGCGAGAACUGCGAAGUCUCCCAAGACGAGAAAGCAUUACAAAUCCCUCGUUAGACGUGCGCUAAAGAGGGAAAAGGAGAAAGCACGCGCCCUUCGCAUGCCGGCCCCGGAAGAUCUACCACUGCAGGCUCUACAGCUCGGCGGAAUGACACUGGCUGAGCAAGACAAUGAGGAAACAUGGUCAGACGUUGAUGGCUAUCAUACACCACCCAUCACACCUACCCAGCCGACACUCCGGACUCCACCCGGCAGGAAUACGAUUGGAUUUCGCGUUUGGGAUGCCAACAGCCGGACUAUGUUCGACGACGAGACGGGCUUCGUGAGCCAAGCCUUCUCAAUUUGGAGGGGCGAGUUCCCGCCGCCAUUCUCUCCAGAUGGGCAAGGUCAACAUGCUCUCAUGCUCUUGACGAAUCUCCAUCUGUCCAUGAGUGGCGGCGCAUCGGCCUUUGUUUCAGUAUCUACGAGUCUCUUGCAGGCACUGGUCAAGGCCUCAACAAUGUUUGAGCCCAGAAUCGCCGUCAAGCCACACAAGACUCUGCCAGCAGCAGAUGUCAUGCGGAUGCUAAAAGCGGAAGGCCAGGCAUGGUGGGCAAGAUACAAGGGCCAUGCAGAGCGCAUGGUAUGGGCUUCCGUCCCAGCUGCAGCCGUGCUCUCACACUUCCCGAUUUCCGACCUCACUGUCUUGUCACGUCACAACCAAGCUUGCGAUGAUAUCCUCAACUUGCGGGACAUCCAAUCCGGCCGAAAGACACAGUACGUCUCGUCGCUCUUGCGCGACAGGAACACAAUCAUCAAUAUCCGCACCGCACGAGCUAUGGCCGUGGUAUGCCGGGCCUUCAAGAUGCACCGUGUCGGCGUCAGCCUUGGGCAUAUACAAGGACUUGUCUCGUCGUUGGUGGAUUCAUUCCAGCUGAAGCACGUCACAAGCGAUACACCUCGCAUGUCCAUGAUGAUGGCCAAAGCGUUUGCCGUAUCUCUUGUGUCGCAAGCUCAUCUGGACCCUGAUGUUGAGACCGCUUUCCAGGAGGGCAUUCAGCAAGGCAUUCCCUUUGGCGAUUACAAGAAAAUGGGCAAAUACGAGGAAUGGCUCUCGGCAUGA